GCUAAACACCCAGCUUAUUCAUACAACGGAUUCUUCAGCGCUCAUCAGAUAAGCGAGUUGCAGAUAUACAGGGCCAUAGAGUCACUGUCUCACUGAGAUGCCUGGAUUUGGGCCCCGGCGCGGCGCCGCCCCAAUAGUAAAGGAUGCGGAAACGGCAAGCGUGCCAGCCAGAGAGCCAGCAGACAGACAGACAGACAGACAGACAAUGAGCAUAGGGCCCCAGCUCGUGAGGAUGACAGCUGGGAUGAGCAUAGAGGUCAUCGUGCACUGAUGCUCCAUCUCUGUGUUCCCAGCCAGUUCCAGGCCGCAGCUUGGCACGCGUUAAUUAUCACCGUUUACCAACGUGUUCAAUGGGUUAAUCCUCUCGCCUGCUGCGUACAGUCAAAAUGCCACGGGCCGAAGGAUCACAGAAUUCCCAUUCCCCGCAUAUCAAAAUGCCAGUGUGUGUUUCGGAAAAAAAAAACAGUGUGUGUUGUUCCUCGUGCCCGCGAAUCCGGGUUAGCGCAGGCCCAUGCUUAAGCUUACCUGGCAAGCCUCUCCGUUUCAAAACGGAGUCGAAAGCUGCAGCCAGCUGCUGCAAGCUCCGCUUCGCCAUCAUUUCCGAUUCCCACCUCUCCGAGUCCGAACUCCGGAACCGAGCGCUAUGGAGGAGGGGCUGUGGAGGCGGGCGCUCGCCGCCGCCGCCGCCGCGGCGUCGGGGGACCGGAUCGCGGCGGCGUGGGCGGCUGUGCGCGCGCGCGCGGUGGCGCCGGCGCUGGAGGCCGCGGUGUGGCUGUGCCUGGCCAUGUCGGUGAUGCUCGUGCUCGAGGUGUGCUACAUGAGCAUCGUCAGCUUCGUCGCCGUCAAGCUGCUGCGGCGCGUCCCGGAGCGGCGGUACAAGUGGGAGCCCAUGCCCAUGCUCCCCGGGAGCGGCAAGGGCGAGGAGGACGAGGAGGCCGCGGCGGGCGGUGGCGGGGCGUACCCGACGGUGCUCGUGCAGAUCCCCAUGUACAAUGAGAGGGAGGUCUACAAGCUCUCCAUUGGAGCAGCAUGUGCCCUCACAUGGCCGCCGGACCGUAUUAUAAUCCAAGUCUUGGAUGAUUCCACCGAUCCGUUCAUUAGGGAACUUGUGGAGCUUGAAUGCAAGGAUUGGGCCAGCAAGAACAUCAACAUAAAAUAUGAGAUUCGAGAGAGUAGGAAGGGAUACAAAGCAGGAGCCCUGAGGAAGGGCAUGGAACAUAGCUAUGCCCAAGAGUGUGAUUUUGUGCCUUUUGAUGCAGAUGUCCAACCUGAACCAGAUUUCCUUUUAAGAAAGUCCCAAUUUCUUGUGCAUAACCUGAAGAUUGCUCUGGUACGGACACGUUGGGAAUUUGUGAACUAUGAUGUUUGCUUAAUGACAAGGAUACAGAAGAUGUCGCUAGAUUAUCAUUUCAAGGUUGAGCAGGAAUCAGGCUCAUCUGUGCAUGCUUUCUUUGGUUUCAACGGAACUGCUGGUGUGUGGCGGGUAUCAGCAAUUAGUGAAGCAGGAGGGUGGAAGGAUCGCACCACUGUGGAAGACAUGGACUUGGCUGUACGAGCGAGUCUCAAGGGAUGGCAAUUCCUGUAUGUCGGUGAUAUAAGGGUUAAGAGUGAACUCCCGAGUACCUUAAAGGCCUACCGUCAUCAACAGCACAGGUGGACUUGUGGUGCUACUAGCCUCUUCAGAAAAAUGGCACCGGGCAUUGUUAGAAGCAAGGGCGUAUCUGUAUGGAAGAAAUUUCAUCUUCUGUACAGCUUCUUCUUUGUACGAAGGGUCAUCGCUCCCAUCCUGACAUUCCUGUUCUACUGCAUUGUGAUUCCACUGUCCGUCAUGGUCCCUGAAGUCAGCAUCCCUAUCUGGGGAAUGUUCUACAUUCCCACUUCCAUCACCAUCAUGAACGCCAUCAGGAAUCCUUGGUCUAUCCAUCUUGUGCCAAUAUGGAUUCUGUUCGAGAACGUCAUGUCCAUGCACCGGAUGCGCGCCGCCCUGACCGGGCUGCUGGAGACCAUGUAUGUGGACGAGUGGGUGGUCACCGAGAAGGUAGGCGAUCAUGUGAAGGACAAGCUUGAGGUCCCUCUCCUCACACCGUUGAAGCCAACCGAGUGCGUCGAGAGGUAAGCAAUCCGAUCACUCCGACACGUAGCA